GCCCUCUCGUUCGUCUUCAGUGCAGGAUAACGACUCGACAUUCUUAUUACACUUCUUAAAAACAAACAACGGUCGGGAAAGAAUAUAUUUAUAUUUAUAUAUUAUAUAUAUUAUUUGUUGGGAUUGUGACGGUUUAAGUGCUCGCACAACUUUAUAAAAGGAUUAAACUUGGAGAAAAUUGAGGCUUGGACAAUCUACUAUGGACGCCAUCAUUCGCUGCCCAUUCCUGUCUCGUGCCCCCCAAACCUUUUUGCAGCAGGCUAGAAAGUCCUUGGUAGCGUAUGCAGUGAAAUGUCCUGUCAUGAUGGACCUUGCCUCAAGGCCACUGGUCCGUUCUGUCUGCUCCUCUUCCACCAGCUUCCAGAAGGUUGAGAAUACAACCCCAGCCAAUGAGGAGGCCCCCAAAGUGCCUCUGGGCCAUCCCGUGCCUCCAGCCAGUCAAGCAACAGCCUCCAAAUGCCCCUUUCUGGUCGCAGAGAUGGGGCAGAAGAACAGCAGUGUGGUUCGGCAGGCCAGCAUGGAACUUCAGGAGGAUGUUUCUGAAGUUCGCACUGCGUGCAAAGAUGUUUCUCAAUCUGAGCUGAAUCCAUCGGUGAACAACACCAUGGAUGGAGGGAAUCUAAUGAAAAGGCUGAUAAAACAACGUCCCACCAGGGUCUCCCAUUUGCUGCAGGAGAACAUGCCCAAAACAGUCUCCAACUUUCGUUAUGAUGAAUUCUUUGAGAAGAAAAUCGAGGCAAAAAAGAACGAUCACACAUACCGUGUGUUUAAAACGGUGAACCGUAGAGCUUCUGAGUUCCCAAUGGCAGAUGAUUACACCGAGUCCUUGUCCUACAAGAGAAACGUUUCGGUGUGGUGCAGCAAUGACUAUCUUGGCAUGAGCCGACAUCCCCGUGUUGCACAAACCGUACUGGACACUUUACAAAAACAUGGUUCGGGAGCUGGAGGGACUCGAAACAUAUCAGGAACGAGUAAGUUCCAUGUGGACCUGGAGCACGAGCUUGCUGAUCUUCAUGGAAAGGAUGCUGCGUUGUUGUUCACCUCCUGCUUUGUGGCCAAUGACUCCACACUCUUUACACUGGCAAAAAUGCUGCCAGGUUGUGAGAUCUAUUCAGAUGCUGGCAACCAUGCCUCUAUGAUACAGGGUAUCAAAAACAGUGGCGCUAAGAAGUUUAUCUUCCGUCACAAUGACGCCAACCAUUUACGUGAGCUUCUGGAGAAAUCGGAUCCAUCCACUCCAAAGAUUGUUGCCUUUGAAACUGUGCACUCAAUGGAUGGUGCUGUGUGUCCACUGGAGGAGAUGUGUGAUGUUGCCCAUGAUUUCGGUGCUAUCACCUUUGUGGAUGAGGUUCAUGCAGUGGGACUGUAUGGACCCAGAGGAGGUGGCAUUGGAGAUCGUGAUGGUGUCAUGCACAAGAUGGACAUCAUAUCUGGAACACUUGGAAAAGCUUUUGGGUGUGUUGGAGGCUACAUCGCUAGUACCAACGCCUUGGUGGACACUGUCCGUUCUUAUGCUGCUGGCUUCAUUUUCACUACAUCCUUACCACCCAUGCUGCUUGCUGGUGCACGGGAAUCUAUCCAGAUCUUGAAAAGCGAAGAAGGACGUGCACUUCGACGCAAGCACCAAUGCAAUGUUAAACUGUUGCGUCAAAUGCUAAUGGAUACUGGCUUGCCUGUAGUUCAUUGCCCCAGUCACAUUAUUCCAGUCAGGGUUUCGGAUGCUGAAAAGAACACCGAAGUCUGUGACAUCAUGAUGAGCCGCUACGACAUCUACGUUCAGGCCAUUAACUACCCCACCGUGGCACGUGGAGAAGAGCUGCUCCGGAUUGCCCCUACACCACAUCACACACCACAAAUGAUGAAAUAUUUUGUUGAUAAGCUAACUCAGACCUGGAAGGAGGUGGGUCUGGAGCUGAAGCCACACUCAUCCGCAGAGUGUAACUUUUGUCGACAGCCUCUGCACUUUGAGUUGAUGAGCGAGAGGGAGAAAUCAUACUUCAGUGGGCUCAGCCAACCCAUAUCUGCCUGCGGCUAAUGCCUGCCUUCAUACAGCAUUACACAUUCCUCACAAAUAGCAUCUAAAGUAUAGUAAAUUAUUGAGAUUGAUAUUCCAUAUACAUCAAAUCCUGUAUAACAGAAUAAAUAUUUAGAAAGAUUGACAUUGUGUAUUUAUGUUUUGUCAAUGGAUCCUCGAGUAUACAUUUAAAAUGUUUUAUAUUUUACAUUAAAAUAAAUGAAAGUGAACUUUAUUAGAGUGAAGAUGGAGGUUCUGCAUUUUUCAUUUAUUUGAAUAAACUGAUUAA